UUAGAAGAUUUUUAAAUAUUCUCCUUAUAUAUUUGUAUGUAAAACUUUGAUCCCUUAUUGUGCCCUUACCUUCCCCUCCCCCGAGGCAUGAUUUUAUCAAACUUGAAUCUGCACUAUAUCGAAAAGCUUUCAUGUACAUGUAAACUUUUCUGGCCCUGUGAUUAUUCAGAAGAUUUUUAAUGAUUUUCCCUACAUAUUCAGAUGAGCUAAAAGGUCACAUGAUUAUUAACCUAGAUAAUAAAAGACUAGUACAUGUAUUUAGAUUAGAAAUAAACUGCCAAAAGUUCUCCCCUAUUAAGGAUUAGAGUGCUGCGGUCACUAAUUUAAGUCUUUGUUAGUUAAACAGUAAUAAAUCAAACACAAGACCCUUAACUUAUUAACUUAAUGAGAUCAUUAAUCAUCGAUGUUUUAUACGAACCACACUCCUUGUAAGUACACACAUACACUGUAUUAAAUGUAAAUACAUGUGUGUUAAAAGACGUUUGCCACGAGAGGGGAUGUAUCAUCGUCGGAAACCCACGGUUGAUUACGCUUCGUUCCUCUCUCCAUCACCCGUGGGUCCAUUCAUUCCUACUCGCUCGUUCUCAUGAAUAAUUAAUGAGGCAAUUUGAUUGGGCGCUCAUGGAAAACCCUAAGCGAAUCUUUAAUACAGCAUGUAGACAUAAGCAGACGAUAGGGAGAAGUCGUUGGAUCUUUUUCCAACAUACAUCUCGCCAGAAACCGGUAGGCAGAGAGUAGAAAUUGUUAAAAACAAGCCGUGGAUCGAGGGCCCCCCAGAAAUCCAAGAUGGCGAGUGUCGUCCCUUUACUUUUUUUGAUGUACAUAUGAUACACCUUUUUUAAAACCUCGAAAAAAAAAGCGGAUUUUGGUAGUGGAUUUUAUUUAUAUAAUCUAUUAUUCGGACACAAAUCAUGCAAAACUUCAAUUUAUUAUUCGGGAACAAAUAAUACAAAACUUCAAUAUCUGACAACCAAGCCCCUGUGUAUAAACCCGGUGUGUUCUUUCCAUCCUCUACCCAUAGGUAUCGCUGCUCGCUAACAGCUGUCAAUGCCGAAAUUCCAAAAUUCUUGUAAAACGCUUUGUUUUAAAAUACAAACAUUUAACUCGGCUUGACCAAUAUUUAUUGUGCAGAAUUUUAAGAUAAAAUUGUUUUACCACUUGUAAACAAUUCCUAAAAAAAAAAAAAAAAAAGAAGAAAGAUUUUGAUUAGAAUAGAACAUAUUUGCAGGAUCUGUUGGUGUUAUCUUGGCUACAUUAAUCAUAAAAAUUCUGCUCCGUUUUCCGUUCCGCGUUUUAGCAAUUACGGCAAUUGAUUUUUAGAAUGUCAAUUUUAAACACAUCUUCGCAAGCCAAGUGUCCGAUUCGCUUACUCUCAUCUACCCCUUGGCAGAUUUAGUCAAGUUUCUAAGCUUUCAAAAUAUCGCGCUUUGACUUUCCAGGGCAUCCAAUCAGAUCGCGCCAUACAUACACUUUCGGUUUGAGUAAUGGCGACCUCCAUGUCUAGCCCGUGUUGUCGCCUUUGCCAUGGAAUUUUGCCCAAAAAACAAAGACGAACGAUCUUUGGAGAAAGCUUUGGCGUGUAUGAUCAACUGCUAGAAAUAAUAGAUCAGAUUCCUCACCCAAAUGACGAAAAAGGGAAUUACAUCUGCGGUAUGUGUUGGAAUAAGCUAAACAGACUGGGUAAAAUCGAAUACGACAUAAAAACAAAGUUAGAAAAGUUAAAAUCUGAAAGGCAUGACUUGAUACGCGAUUUACGCUUGGAGCACAAGGGUGAUAUAAGCGUACAGCAAGUAUGUACACCUAAAUCCAAAAAACAUUUAAUUGUUCACUCGCCAACACCGAGGAAGGUGAAACAGCUGUUCACUGAAUCCAAGUCCACUCAGCUGACGGAUACUCCAACAUCAUCAUCGAAUCCUGUGACCGACGACAAAGACAGAAAGAAAGUGAACAUUCAGCUUUUCUCUCCCAGUAAAAUCAAGGUUGUAUACAGAGGUCCAAAAGAAAAGCUGAAAUCCAAAGUUAUCCCUGCUGGAGAUUCACAGAACAUCAUUAGAUGUAUUUCAAGGGGUGAAUCCCACCAGAAAACAUCCAAAGUAAUCUACAAUUCCACUUUACAAGACAAUAUCCAUAACUGUGUGAUCAAAGAUCUCAGAAAGGAACUGAACAAGCUUUCAUCUACCAAGACUAUGUCAUGUCUUAGAAAGACAUCAAGUGACAAGUUAGCCACGAUUAACUUCGAGUCAUGGAAUUUGGAGCUACAGUUACAUUCCCCAUUAUUGUAUAAGAUAAUAUCUGGUUUCUUCAAUCCCCAUAAUCAUGUUGCAGUGGCAGUGAUCGCUGCUGUUAUCCAAAAGAAUCGAGUUAUGCACAUGUCUGCCUUUCAUCAUGCAGUAACUCAAGUUUUGGAUAAUGAUGGAGCAACGGAUGAGUGCAUAAAUCUUCUUAACAAGUUGGGUCUUUGUUUGUCACCAUCUGCUGCAGCAAAGAAGAAGUCUGAUUUGAUAGCAAGGCAAACUGACCACAUACAACGACUGAUGAUUUCAGAAAAGAAAGCCCUCGAAGAAAAUACAGGUGAGGAUUGCGUGCCGUCUGAAAUCAUUGGUGAUAAUUUCGACAUUAUGAAAAGUCCAUCUCAUAUGAGCAAAGAGAAGCAGCGACAAAGUUGGCAUUGGUUUUUAAUGGUUGGUUUGCAGAGAAGGGUUUUAAACCCUAACUUAAGUACAGAUGCCCCUGUUACAUCCAUAUCAGAAGCUGAGAACAGCAUAUUCAUUCCAAGUAUUGAAGAUUGCAGGUCCCUAGAAAAUAAUUUUGUUCACCAUAUUAUGAAGGUGUUGGUGAAAUAUUUUCCCUGCUUUCAAAAAUAUGGUGCAUAUAUUCCCAAGUGUAUUGAACAUUCUCACAUGCAAGAAUUAUCCAAGAAAUCUGACUUUGUGAUAAUAGAUCUACUUGACAAAAGUGAAAAUAAAAAUGAAGAUAUGAUCAGUAUCUUGGAGCAUAUUCAUGAGAAUUAUGUCCCACAUACAGCUGAGGAACACUCACAUGUCAUCCGAAAGAAAGUAUUUGGGGGGGAUGUUCUUACAAAUGAAAGAGCAUAUUCUGCACAGUUAGCUAUGUUAAAUGGAGCUACAGAUUUUGAGCAGAUAGCAGGUGUCAUACAUAGGCCAGAAGGACUGCAUAGAAUGAUGAAUCUAUGUCUGGUAACAAAUUAACUCCCUGUUGACGUUCAAUUUGAAGUUACAGUUCAAGGUUUCAAAUAUGUCAGGUAGACAUUUUUUUUUUACAAGUUUUGUUUUACCAUUGUAUAGUGUCUUCUGGAGCUUUUAGUCCUUAAAAAUUCAUUGUUUUUUUAAAAAAAAAACUAAAUAGGGGAUUUUUCUCAGCAUUUGGGUGGGGUGGUAUUUUAGUAUAUUGCUUGGUUCUGAAUGAUUCAAUUAUGACCAUGUGACCUUUAUCUUAACCAGAACAGUCAGUAAGGUCAUAUUGGUUUUGAGGCACAUCUGUAUUAUGUGAAUUCAUUUUCAGUUAUUUCGUGAUCCUUUGGAACUAGGUUGGGUCCAAAAAUCAGAGGUUAAAAAUUUUUAUGGGAAGAAAUAUUGAUUAAAAUUCUUUUAAAAUUACAACUGCUUGCCAACGACAGGGCCAAGGUCACUCAAGUGAGUGAUGUGGCCCCUUGUCCAUUAAUACAGUAUAGCUACAGAGGACAAAUGGUUUUAUUGUUUGCUAUGGGACAUGCUUACUUCUCAGCGCAUAAAUUAAUAUUUCAGUUUGAAUUCACUUAUAUAAUUUUAUUGCAUGAUGUAGAUGUUACAAUCUAAUUAGAAUUAACUGAUUUGAAUUUUAAAUCUGCUACUGCUUUGGUAGCAGAUUCUAAGCAGCUAUUUAGAUUUUAAUUAGAUUGUAGAUGUUCAAUUUUAUUGUUUUUAUUGCAUGUUGUAUUACAUUUGAUUUUAGUUUUAAUAUAGUUAGGUUGUUUACUAGAAUAACAUGCAUUGAAUAAAAUGCUGCAUGUUCUCUUCUCAGAUGUACUGUUGAAUGACCAACAACAUUAAUUUUUAAAUUAUGCCAUUUAAAUGAUAUUGAUAAUUAUGUAUUUUUGGAUAUUUAGAUUAUCGAUUGUAAAAUUAAGAAUUAUACAUGUAUUCGAAUGAAGACAAUGAAAUGUUUUUUAUGAAUAACCAACAUUUUCAAUUGUUUAAUGCAGAUUCUCUACCAGCAGUUUUACAAGGCUUCAUCUACCAAUGACCGGGGAACUCUUUCCCAGCUGAGAAACAUUGUUCAUCGAGUUGAUGUUAAAGGAGCAGAAAGAGUUAUUGAAAGUUACAGGUAUGAAAACAUCUAUGUUGAGGCAUUCAUCCCUUUCUGCAUUUUCGCAAACCAAUCAGACACUUGGCUUGUGAAGAUGCCCUUUCUGGUCAAAUAUUUCAAGUAUUUAUAGUAUUUAAUAAUAUAUAAUAGUAUAAAUUUAUAGUAUUUAUACUACAACAGUAUUUAAAAUUUUUGUAAGAGUGCUGGUUUUUGAGGGGUUUCUGAUUUGAUAUAUUAUGGCUUAACCUAUGCUGUGUAUUUCCUUGAUUGCUGUUUCAAACUAUUUACAAAAUAAUAACUAUGUACCCUGUGUAUGUUUUAGAGCACACUCUGCUUUCAUUGAUGAUUGCUUAGAUGCUUUCAUUGUUGGUGCCUGUAUGCAUCACUUGAAAAUGGAGAGCAUUGAAUGUGAACCACAGUCCAAACAGAUUCUCUUUGAGGCCAUCUCAUCAGAGGAUAAGAUGCAGUUCAUUGCUAACAUCGCAUCAGAAAUACAGAAAAAGUACAUCAAUCUGGAAAACGGUAUGCUGCUCAUUUUAAUCUACAAACAAGGUCCACAGGCCUUGUUUAUCAUCGGAAUAUUUGUUAAAAGUAUCACAGGACUAUAAAAUCUGGAAAAAAUUCUAGUUCUGGAUACUCUUAUUCAAGAACAGUAUAAAACAAGACAUAUUCUUUAAACUUAAAUGCCCCUGAAAGUGACUAAACUUAUGAAAGACUACAUUUACAUAAUAUAAACACAAUAUGACUGAUUUCGAACCAUCUACCUCUACCCCAGGGAUUAUGAAAUUUACAACUUUGGUAGAGGCCUCCCUGCUCUACAUGAAUAUGCAUUUAGUUUUUGUUAGCUCACCUGACCUGAUAACUCAAGUGAGCUUUUCUGAUCACCCGUUGUCCUGUAAGCUUUUUACAUUCUCGACUUCUUCUCCAGAACCACUGGGCCAAUUUCAACCAAACUUGGCAAAAAGCAUCCUUGGAUCAAGGGCUUUCAAGUUUGUUGAAAUGAAGGGUCAUGCCCCCUCCAAAGGAAAGAUAAUCACAAAAAUAGGGUGGGGUCAUUUGAAAAAUCUUCUCAAGAACCAUUGGGCCAGAAGAGCUUAAACUUACAUGAAAGCUUCCCGACAUAGUGCAAAUUCAAGUUUGUUAAAAUCAUGGCCCCUGGGGGUAGGUUGGGACCACGAUAGGGGAUAGAAGUUUUACAUGCAAAUAUAUAGGGAAAAUAUUUAAAAAGAACCACUGGGCCAGAAAAGUUUAUAUCAAAGUGUCUUGAGAUAGUGCAGAAUCAUGUUUGUUAAAAUCAUGCCCCCCCCCCCCCCCUGAAAUUUACAAUUUAUGUCCACCUUGUACCAAAAAUGCUUCAUACCAAAUUUGAAAAAAAUUGGAUUAGUAGUUAUGAAGAAGUUGAAAAUGUUAGAUUAUUAACGCACAAUGACAGAUGCAGACCAAUUGCAAUAUGUGACUCGGCCACUCAGGUGACUUAAAAAUGUUCUGGGUGACAAAGGUGAUUUAAAUUUGCAUCUAUUUCAUUUUAGUUACUCUGAAAAGAGAUCACUCUAUUUCAGCUACAUUACUAUAUUCUAAUCUUCUGGUAUCAAAUUGAGAAGUGUGAAGGUGAUUUAUAUCAGAAUUUAAAGAAAAAUUCCUUAAACUCAUUGACAAGUUAAUAAAGUGAUUAUGAACCCGAAGAGCCAUUGUUAACUGCACAGGUCUUAUAGGAAUCAAAUCAUUUUGUUUAACAAAUUUUGAUGUCAAUUUAAAUUCUAAUUGCAUACUUAGUUUUCUACAAAACUAAGUUAUUUGAGCAUAGAAACAGUUUAAAUAGUAAAUACUGAACAGUCUCAUGUUGUCAAACACAAGUCCAUGUAACUAUGGGCUUCUUUAAUUUCUUUAUUUUUCUAGAAACUUUGUUCAUAUGUAACCAUGGUAACUAAGAUUUUAAGCUGUUUUAUAGAUUUGCACACCUUGGAACAUGCUUCUGAGAAACUGGAUAUGCAAGAGCAACAAAUCAAAGAUAUGUUUGAUGCCACUGAGGGAUUAUACCACUGUGUUGAUUGUCGGCGCCCAUACAAGAAGCAGGGACACCUUAAAAAUCAUCUUAAAAAAGAACAUGAUUGGGAAUUUCAUCAUCAAAAUCAAGAAGCUGGUGAAGAUCAUGAUCGAGUGGCCCUUUACAGAGCAUCAUUUAUGAAAUGUGCUCUUCUACUUAGAGACACAAGCGACGCUUAUAAAUUGGGUGAUGGAAAUAGAAUUAUGGACAAUUCCAAAUUUCAAAUGCUUCUCUCAGGGAUUGCACAUCAUACAAAAUACCAACUAUGGCUAUUCAGAUUUCUAGCAAACUAUCACUGCUUGCUAAGUCCAAGGGAAGCAUUUGAGUACAAAUGGAACUGCACAACAAAUAUGAAAGGUGGAUGUGGGCACAACAUUCCGAAUGAUAAUUUGGUAGAGAUUCUAGUCCAUCGACUUAAAUCAAAGUUGCAAUCGCAGGGAGCAAAUGUGACAUUUUCAAGUGUGCGGAAGGCAGCUUUGACUCUUCAAAUACAAGAUGAGAUCAAGGAAAAUUUAAUUGAGAAGUCUGGCAUGAAGAAAUCGGGGACCACUCGUUCAAGCACUUCAAUGGACAAAGACAUUGUACUUAUGGUGACUGAACUCUCUGCUACCAGUGUGUUUGAUUACAUUCCUGGUAGAAAAUAUGACAAUUUCAAAAACUUUAAUGAUCUGUUUUCCAGAAUUAAUAUCCCAGAAUUACACAAAUGGUUAAGUAAACAAAAGGAGAGACUGUCUUAUGAAGCCAUUUAAAUACUGUACAUUGUAUAUGCAGUAUAGAUUGAUGUAAGGCAAAGCAACCAUAAUGAAAUGAAAAAA